UUUAUUUCUUUCAUUAUGUCGAAUUAUGGUUCAAUACCCUUAAAACAACAAUUAUCAAAAGCAGAGCGAGAUUUACUUCAAUCAGAUCGACCUGGAUAUGGAUCACAUACAAAAGUAGCGGUAGCUCUUAACCUUGUGAAUGCCACAGUGGGUGCAGGUAUUAUCGGCCUACCCUUUGCCAUUGCCCGUGCUGGAUUCUUCACAGGUAUCCUAGCAUCUAUCGUUGUGGCUGCCCUGGCUCAAAUUGGCCUUUUUAUGCUGAUUCUUGCUGGACAGAGAGUUGGCAUCUAUAAAUUCGCUUUGUUGGUCGAAUAUUUGUUAGGCCGACCCGGUUAUCAUUUCCUUAACUUUAUGAUUUGUGUUCAGGCUGGGGUGGUACUUCUGCCUAUGUUAUGUGAACGCUAUUUACCUCAAUGGCCAUUAUUAGCUAACCGUACAUUUAUUCUUGUCUUUGUUGGCAUUGUUUGUAUUUUGCCAUUAAAUAUGUCAAGAUCGAUUGGUUCAUUGGCUCGUUGGUCCAUUGUUUCCGUCCUUUGUCUGCCUGUUAUCCUAUUGACGAUUUUGAUUCGUGCACCUGCUUAUGCACCUAAGGAAGGUAUUUCACUUGAAUGGGUGGGUCAAGACGUCUUUGGUGCACUGGGUAUCAUGGCAUUUGCCUUUACUUGUCAUCAAGUGGCCUUUAAUAACUUCUUGACUCUCAAAGACCAAACCACUACGGGCUGGAAACAUACCACUCUUUUGUCCACAGGUCUAAGUUGGCUCAUUUCUAUGACGUUUGCUGUUAUUGGCUACAUGUGCUUUGGAUCUCAUGUUCAGCCUAACCUGUUUAUGAAUUUCGCUAGUGAUGAUCCUAUUGUGAAUCUAGGUCGUCUUGCUCUGAGUGUCAGUAUGAUCCUCACCAUUCCUAUGGGCAUCUUUCCUACUCGAGAGGCCAUUCAAAAAUCCUUGGGAUUCGAAACCGCCACACAACAACCUACAGAUACACAGCACUAUGCCGUCACGUUUGUUCUGUUUGGUGCCUUGUUAGGGUGUGCUGUUGCCGUCCGUUCCUUAGGCACUGUCUAUUCGCUUGUCGGUGGGUUUUCGGCAACCACACUCGCCUAUAUUUUACCUGCAGCUGCUUAUCUGGUCACCCGCAGCACGUAUCUUAAAAACAUCAGUGCCCAGGCCAAUAUGCCCAAGAAUUUCAUUGGUGUCUUCCCAACCCUCACGGGUUCCACCAUCCUUACACCUGAUGAAUCUGACCUCAAAACCCCUAUCUUAUGGGAGACAGCCAGCUGUUCUUCUUCUCGUCAAAUACUAAUAGAUGAUGAUGUCUCUACUGUCAAUAGUGAUCUUUUAGAGAAUGAUGUGAUUGAUAUUUCCCUUCGUCCUCGUUGGUGGUUAGAUAUAGCGGCUGUCUUAUUGAUCUUAUGGGGAUUUGUCGUCAUGUUCUUUUCUAUCUCUGCUACACUUCAGGGAUAAUUACAUUUAUAUAAUAUACCAAUAAAAUGACAUACAGCUAUCCUUUA